AUGCCUUGCGCCGAUUCUCGUCAUCUUCCGCGGAAACGGACCCGCACAGGAUGCGUGAACUGCAGCCGGCGCCGGCGGAAAUGCGACGAAGCAAAACCAACGUGCACGGGCUGCAAGCGGCGCGGCGACAAGUGCCAAUGGCGCAUGCUAGGGUCCUUCCGCGAGGCCAACAUCAAGAUUCUGGAACCGGGGCAUCCGUCCAUGAAUCAAACGGCCAGGGGCACUAGGAAACAGAGUAAAUUCAAGAUUCUGAAUGUUGUUCCUUCUUCCCGAGCUGCUGGAAAAGAACGGCAGCUGAGUCCGCCGGUUGAUGAAGGGAGAAGGUCAUCGCCUUCGGCACGAUCGCUUCCAGGUAAUGGUGAGGGUGAGGGUGAAGUGGUGCGGCCGGAUGAUCUGGAAAAUGUAUCCGGAGCAGCUCCGGAUGCUCAUCCGACGGUGCUUAGUCCUGGUUCUAAUCAGGCUGUGUCGCCUCUUUCGCAUCACAGUUUCCAUGCUCAGGAGGUUAAUAUCGGAAAUCACCAUUCGCCUCAUCAGGCUAAUGAAUUGCCUCAUCCUUACCCCGAUGAAGCGCCUCACCAGCCGUACAUCCAUUCUAGUCCUGAGUUUGUUGUUGAUGAGCUCACUGCUCUGCGCAACCUCUCCAAUAAUGCGGGGCACUUUCCUGGACCUGAAGUUUACCAGUCUAUAACAUCGCCAUUGUUUGAUCAUAGCGUCUUCUCCGAUCCGGCAAAUUUGACAAAUGAUGUUUUCGUUCCGGGCUCAGCCUACGAAGCCCUUCAUACCACACUGCGUAACCGACAGCUGUGGACUGCUCGGACGGAGAUCCCCAGUCGCGCAAGUACCCCGGCAUCAGUGCUUGGAUAUGAAGGACCCACGCCGGACACUUCACGUCUACAAAGAAGCAGACGAGCUCAGUCCAGACCAGGACGGGACUUUGAACUGACACCCGAGCGCGAGAACAUACUCUGGCAGAACUAUCUGAACGAAAUCUGUCUCUGGCUGGAUAUGUUCGACAACCACCGACACUUCGCAUCGACCUUCCCUCAGAUGGCUAAGUCGGCGCCACAUCUGCGAUAUUCCAUCCUUGCCCUGUCAGCACGGCAGAUGGAGCGACAGCAGAACAAAAAGUCGCAAUCAGAAAGUCUCCUCUUAUACCAAGAGGCCAUCCAUCAACUUCUUCCGGAGCUAGAGCAAAAGACGACCCCUGUCAUUGCGUCAUGCGUCAUUUUAUGUGUCCUCGAGAUGCUGAGCUGCAACCCCAAAGAGUGGCGCCGUCACCUCGACGGAUGCGCCUACCUUAUCCAAGCCGCGGAAAUCAACGGCUUCUCGGGUAAAGAAGAGCAAGCGCUAUUCUGGUGCUUCGCGCGAAUGGACGUCUGCGGAGGUCUCAUCUCCGAAGAAGAGACCAUUAUCCCGAUCCACCACUGGAUUCCGCGCGACAUGACCCCCACGGAAGCAUCCCAGCUCUUUCUCGCCUCAAACAUGACCACCUUUGACACGUACGCCAAUUACACCGUCUUCUUGUGUGCCCAGACUUUAGGGGUGCUCUUCGGCGGUAGCAGCCAGUUACCAGCGUCCUGCGUGUCAUGCAACUAUCUCUCUAGUCCCAGGGAGGGCGAAUCGUAUGUGCAGCGGUGGCAGCGCCUGUUUGAUGAUGUGGAGCAGUGGUAUGAGAACCGGCCGAGUCAGAUGAAGCCGAUUUUUGUCCUGACAGCGGGAGGGAAGACAAUGGGGAAGAGCGAUGGGGAAAGACCGUUUCCGACGGUGCUCUAUGGGAACGGGGCUGCUAUUUCCGGAAACCAGCUCUACCAUGCCUGUGCAUUGCUUUUGCUGCAACGAAAACCAAAGACGGUAUCCCUGCCUCGGCGACCGAAAUCGGUGUUGUGGCACGCGCGGCAAAUCUGCGCUAUUUCCGCAUCGAAUACACACCAUGGCUGCUGGACCAAUGCCCUGCAGCCGCUGUGGCUGGCUGGCAAAGUCAUGUCGCAUCAUUCGGAACAUACCGCCAUUAUUGAGACUUUGACGCGAAUUGAGCGUGAGACGGGGUGGGCGACAGCAUGGCGAGUGGAAGACCUAAAGGAGUUUUGGGGAGAUGAGGACGAGGAUGUGGAUGUGGAUAUGGAUGGGGGGAUGGACCUGGACUUGCGGAGUGAGAGGGCGAGAGGCAGCAUCGGGAGUGUUCCUUCGAGUCGGUCGUGA